ACACCAAUGGGCUAGUUAAAGGGCUUCCUAUUUUUCCUCAUCCUUUCUGCGCUGGCUACAAUUGGAGAGUGAUUGAAGGCUCUCCAAACUCUGCAGUGAAGUCUCUCCCGCGAAAUCGAUCCUCUACUUCAGCGCGAAAUCGAUCUUCGCCUUCAGCGUCGUCUGCAACUCCCUCCAUCUGACAUCUUCCUCAAGGCAAUCAAAGCAGUAUAGGGGCAUCGAAUAUGACUGAAGAAGGAAGAGUGCACCCUGAUUGCAGAAAUGCAUCAAACCCUUAUCAUGAAUGUAGUGAUUAUUGCUUUAGAAUAAUUGCUGAAACAAAGGCACAGAUGGAUAAAAAUGAUCAAGAUGGUCAUAGAGGUGGGUUUGGUCCAUUGGAGGGGGACAUGCUAUCAAGGCUGGCUUCUCAUGGAGUAAUUCAAGCUAUUGGUGGCAAUGUUCAGCCCAGUUCAGUUGCUGUUCCUAAUCAGGCUGAAGAUGUGCAUGAUGAAAUAGAUGACCUUGAAGAUCAUCCGCAUGGGGACAGUGACAAUCUUGUUGAGGAGAAUUUGGAGGUUGACUUCACAAAACUCACAGGGAGGCAGAAAAAAUUGUUCGAGUUAAGGCUAAAGAUGAAUGAGGCAAGAAAAGCUAAUCAAACUGCCAUGGUGACGGAGAAGAAACGAAUGGAAGCUCCACCAGAGUCUAGGGGUGUUUCUAAAGAAAAGUGGAUUGAGGAAAGGAAGAAAAAAAUUGGCAAGCUUCUGGAUGCAAAUGGUUUGGAUAUGACCAAGGCAUAUAUGCUAGAUACCGAAGAGAUGGCAGAGACAAAGUAUAAGAAAUGGGAAAAAGAGCCUGCUCCAUUUGGUUGGGAUGUUUUUAAUCAGAAAUCAUUAUACAAUGCAUACAAGAAACGGACGAAGAACAUCGAUGUUGACAUUGAAGAGUACAAUAAAAUGAAAGAAGCUGAUCCAGAAUUCUAUAGAGAAGCUUCAAGCCUCCAAUAUGGCAAGGCACCAAAAGUUUCAGAUGACAAGGUUGAAAGGAUGGUGAAGGAGCUGAAGGAUAGAGACGAGAAGCGCAAGUCACUCAGCAGGAGGAGGAGGUUCCAUGAUGAGAAAGAUAUUGACUCAAUCAAUGACCGUAAUGAGCAUUUCAAUAAGAAGAUUGAGCGAGCCUUUGGUAAAUAUACACUGGAGAUCAAGAAUAAUCUUGAGAGAGGAACUGCUUUACCUGACUAAGGUACUUGAGGAUUAUAUUACCCAGCAUUUAACUCUGUUCUUUUAAAGCAUGUUAGUCAUCUGUUGUAUUGGUGGCAUGCUCGUUUGUUGUCUCUGCGAUUCUACAUAUGUUUGUUGUGUGGGAGAGAUGAUAUGUGGAUCUUUCCUUAAUUUGCAGUGUAAUGAAUUUAUUGCCAGUGUUGAUCGAUAAUGAUUAGAUUUUUGUGUAUAGCUCAUGAGAUGCAUUUAAUUUUUGAGGAUUUGUGCCUGAACCUGGAAUUAAGUUUUAUUGCCUGUGUCGAUCGAUAAUGACUUGAUCCUUGAUUUCCUCUUAAAUUGAAUGCAUUUCAAGAACCUGGAUUUGUGGA